AGGUUAGAGAUGUCAGGUUUGACAUAGCUAGAUGUCAAUAGAAAGCUGUAUAAACCAAGACUUAACCUGGAUGUUGGACCAUGGACAGAUUUAUGAAGGCUUUUUGGGUUUUAGUCUUGUCCAGUCUCUUGGGAAAUUCAAUGCAGAAUGGUGUUUGGGGCACCUUCCUCUAUCUUACUUUUCAGGGAUAAUGGUGUUGGAAAGAGAUGCGCAGGUAUUGAUUUAAAUGUAAAGAAUUUAGCUGCGAUUAAAAAAAAAAAGUUGGCGGAGCCAGCGAAACUUUCCUCAGGAAAUUGGAUGUUUACUCAGUAAACAAGCGGUAGUCAUAGCCACCUGUUACUCGAGAAGCUUCCUGGGAGCCACCACUGCCACCUACUUGCAGCAUCCGGGGACUUCAACUCCAGGCGUACGGACGCACGAGUUGGGUUUAUUUGAAACAUAAGCUCAACCAAUCCGUCGGCCGCUAGGGGAAGGCGGGCAGAAGGCAUCAGCCAAUCACCGUCCCUCUGGAGACUCCAGCCUAUGAGAAGGAAGCUGACAUCAGGCGCCAAUCGCGAUGGCUCUUACAGAGAGCGGCUCACUUUUUGAAUUGGCUGUGGUAGUGGUCCGCAAGGGAUGGCGGUAGCCGUGAGAGCAACUCGUGUUUGAAGUGAACUUCCUGGGCUAUUUUGAGAGUGCCAACGUUUAAAAGACUCAACUAUGGCCGACAACAGUUUAUUAGCAUCUAAUGGGAGGACUAGCUUGGCUGACUCUUCAAUUUUUGAUUCUAAAAUUACCGAAACAUCCAAGGAAAACUUAUUUAUUGGAUCAGCAUAUGUUGAAGAAGAAAUGCCUCAGAUUGAAACACGGGUGAUACUGGUUCAAGAAGCUGGAAAGCAAGAAGACCUUACAAAGGCCAUUCAGACUAUUAAAAUAAUGGAAGUCCCUGUUAUAAAGAUAAAAGAAAGUCCUGGAAAAUCGGAUGAAAAAUUAAUUAAAAGUAUUAUUAAUAUGGAAAUUAAAGUACCCUUUGUAAAGAUGGAAUCAGUGGAAGAAUUUGAAUGUUUGGAUUCUCCAGAAUUUGAAAAUGUAUUCAUAGUCAUGGACUUUCAGGAUCCUGUCUUUAAUCACCUACAUAAAGCUGAUUGCAGAAUUAUUGGACCACCAGUUAUAUUAAAUUGUGCACAAAAAGGAGAGCCAUUGCCUUUUUCAUAUCGCCCACUCUAUUGUACAAGUAUGAUGAAUCUGGUGCUUUGCUUUACUGGGUUUAGGAAGAAAGAAGAACUAGUCAGAUUGGUGACGCUGGUCCAUCAUAUGGGUGGAGUUAUUCGAAAAGAUUUUAAUUCAAAAGUUACACAUUUGGUGGCAAAUUGUACACAAGGAGAAAAGUUUAGGGUUGCUGUGAGCUUGGGUACACCGAUUAUGAAGCCUGAAUGGAUUUAUAAAGCUUGGGAAAGGAGAAAUGAACAGGAUUUUUGUGCAGCAGUUGAUAACUUUAAAAAUGAAUAUAAAGUUCCUCCAUUUCAAGAUUGCAUUUUAAGUUUCUUGGGAUUUUCAAAUGAAGAGAAAAUCAAUAUGGAAGAAAUGACUGAAAUGCAAGGAGGCAACCAUUUACCAGUUGGAGAUGAAAGAUGCACUCACCUUAUAGUUGAAGAGAAUGUAGUAAAAGAACUUCCGUUUGAACCUUCAGAGAAACUUUACGUUGUUAAGCAAGAAUGGUUUUGGGGAAGCAUUCAAAUGGAUGCCCGAGCUGGAGAAACUAUGUAUUUGUAUGAAAAGGCUAAUACUCCUGAGCUCAAGAAAUCAGUGUCCCUCCUGUCUCUAAAUACCCCAAACAGCAAUCGUAAAAGACGCCGUUUAAAAGAUACGCUUGCUCAGCUGUCAAGAGAGACAGACAUGUCCCCUUUCCCUCCUCGUAAACGCCCAUCUGCUGAACAUUCCGUUUCUAUUGGAUCACUUCUAGAUACUUCCAAUACACCAGAUUCAAGCCUAAAUUAUGGAGAAACACCGAAGUCUUGUUCUAAGUCUUCUAAAACUUCCACUCCAGUUCCUCCCAAGCAGCCAGCGAGGUGGCAAGUUGCAAAAGAGCUCUAUCAGACUGAGAGUAAUUAUGUAACUAUCUUGGCAACAAUUAUUCAGUUAUUUCAGGUUCCAUUAGAAGAAGAAGGACAACGUGGUGGGCCUAUCCUUGCACCAGAAGAGAUCAAGACUAUUUUUGGUAGCAUCCCAGAUAUCUUUGAUGUGCACACUAAGAUAAAGGAUGAUCUUGAGGACCUUAUUUUUAAUUGGGAUGAGAGCCAAAGCAUUGGCGACAUCUUUCUUAAAUAUUCAAAAGAUUUGAUAAAAACCUACCCUCCUUUUGUAAACUUUUUUGAAAUGAGCAAGGAAACAAUUAUUAAAUGUGAAAAACAGAAACCAAGAUUUCAUGCUUUUCUUAAGAUAAACCAAGCUAAACCAGAAUGUGGACGGCAAACCCUUGUUGAACUUCUCAUCCGUCCAGUACAGAGGUUACCCAGUGUUGCACUGCUCUUAAAUGAUCUCAAGAAGCACACAACUGAUGACAAUCCUGACAAAAACAUUCUGGAGAAUGCUAUUGCAUCACUUAAGGAAGUAAUGACGCAUAUUAAUGAAGAUAAGAGAAAAACAGAAGCCAGAAAACAAAUAUUUGAUGUUUUUUAUGAAGUAGAUGGAUGCCCGGCUAAUCUUUUAUCCUCUCACCGAAGCUUAGUGCAACGAGUUGAAACCAUUUCCCUAGGCGAUCACCCUUGCGACAGAGGAGAACCAGUGACUCUCUUCCUCUUCAACGACUGCCUGGAGAUAGCCAAGAAACGGCACAAGGUUAUUGGCACUUUUUGGAGUCCUCAUGGCCAUACCCGACCCCCAUCUUCGCUGAAGCAUGUUCAUUUAAUGCCGCUUUUUCAAAUUAAGAAGGUGCUGGAUAUAAGAGAGACAGAUGAUUGCCGUAAAGCUUUUGGCCUGCUUGUGCGGCCUCCCACCGAGCAGGCAAACGUGCUGCUGAGCUUCCAGAUGACGUCAGAGGAGCUUCCCAAGGAACGCUGGCUAAAGAUGUUGUGUCGACAUGUAGCCAACACCAUCUGUAAAGCAGAUGCAGAGAAUCUAAUUUAUACUGCUGAUCCAGAAUCCUUUGAAGUAAAUACCAAAGAUAUGGACAGUACACUGAGUAGAGCAUCUAGAGCAAUAAAAAAGACUUCCAAAAGGGUCACAAGAGCAUUCUCUUUCUCCAAAACGCCAAAAAGAGCUCUUCGAAUGGCUCUUAUGACAGCUCAUAGUUCCGCGGAGGGAAGAAGCCCUUCGAGUGGUGACAAGCAUGUAGUGAGUCGUCUGGCCAGCACAUCAUCGUUAGCCGGUGUCCCAUCUCCCUCCCUUGUCAGCCUUCCAGCCUUCUUUGAAAGGAGAAGUCAUACUUUAAGUAGAUCUACAACUCAUUUGAUAUGACGCUUAAGAACUUUAUAUUAUAGAAACUUAAAAAUACCUCUUCCACCACAAGAAACUGACUUAAAUGGUACUUGUCAUUAGCACUUGGCAAAAGUUGGAAAGAAGAUAAGUAACACUAAACUCUAUGCUGUUUGAUUUUCUUUUAGUGAAGUAAUGUUUGAUUUUGAUGUAACUUAUUUCUUUGCUCGAAGCCCUCCGAUGAGCAUCAGCGAUUUAAGUUACGCAGUGGUUUUGGUAUCCCUGAUAUAGCUAAUAGCUUUUAUUGGUGGGUACUAACUGCUGUUCUGAGUCUAUGUGUUUUUUGCCCAUGAAAGAAUCUGUGGAAGUACAUAUUUGUGUAUCUCAAUUUGUGCAGAUGGUAGAUGAUAUAAAACUCAAUGGAUUAAAAACCUGCAUAGAUUCCAGAUUAAAUAGUAGAGCCUCAUUUCACAUGUGGUAUUUGUAUCAGUUAUUUAAUAGCUCUUUUUGCCUAGUUUAUUUUCUUCUCACUUGUUUUCAAGAUCUAGCAUGUGAAUUUGAAAAGCUUUACUCACGUUAACAAGGAAAACAGUUAAAUGUGGUUCUUUUAAAAUACUUUAUGAUUUUAGAUAAGGACAGAAAGAUGAAAAAUUUUGUAUAUUUUGCACAAAUUAUAUUGAUACAUAUUUGUAGCUUUUUCCAAGACUUUAAUGUAUUUAUGGGGAUUUUUUAGGCAUUAGCAAAUCUUUAUUUCGUUUGGUGGGUGGUAUGUGGAAUUUUAUUUUGAAGGAUAAGUUGUAGUGAAAAUUCUUUAUGUCCUCUAUGAAAUAACUCUAUAGUUGCCAUCAAUUUCACCAGAAUGCACAGAUUUGUAUGAUCGGCUUUGUUUUGUCACCUUAUAAAUGAAUGUAAAAUUGAAGUACAUUUAUGUGCUGUUGUAAAAUAUUUUUCCAGCCCUGAAGUUUUUAUUCACAAUAGUCUUUUUUUCUCUUAGUACAAAAUAAUUAAGUUUCUAUGAAUAAAUGCUUUUUAACUUUUACUGUUUAAGGAAUAGCGCAAAAGUUUAAUUGCCAUUUAACAAUCCUCAAUUACCUGUGUUAAGGGUUUAGCUGACUAGAUAAAGUUUUUCUACGCCAUGUGUGUAUCACUUUUGAGGAUAGGAAAUGAUCCUUUAUUGCUGCAUUUUAAAAGCAUUUGUAUUCAUAAGAACUUUGUAAAUAAAAAACUCAAGACUUAAA